UCUUAUACCCCUCCCUUUACGCCCUUGCGUUCCCCUACUCUGUCGACACUGACCACACAUCACCUUCCCUUUCGUGCGUCUAGGAGCAAGUAGUGUACGUCUUCGAGGCACGAGUUGUAGACCGAAGGGGAGAGGAGCACCGUCUGGCGCAUGCGGAAGCGACAAUGUGUACGUGUCUACUGGACGAAGAGGGGAAGGCCAGUCUACGGAUCAGCCAGGCCAUAGACCGGGAGCUGAGCCAGUUCAAGAAGGAGAACGCCCGGGAGUUCAAGCUCCUGCUACUAGGAACGGGAGAGGCUGGGAAGAGCACGUUCAUCAAACAGAUGAGGAUCAUCCACGGACAGGGCUACAGCGACAAGGACAGAGCCGAAUUCAAAACACUAGUCUAUCGGAACACCGUCAAAGGCAUCCAGAUCAUGAUCGAGGCAAUGGAGACACUAACGAUCCCGUACACUGACCCGUCUAACACGUCCCAUAUCCCAGUUCUGGAGAGACUGGACCCGGAUACAGUGACUGAGAUUUCACAAGAAGAGUUUGCAGCCAUCCGGAGCCUCUGGGCCGAUCCUGGCAUGAAGAAAUGCUUCGAUCAGAGAAAUAAGUUCCAGAUUUCUGACUCAGUUAGA